GGAGGAACCGGAUGAAGAGGACUUGGAAUAAAUUAUUUCUGGAAACAUCACGGUUAACUCGAGCCGUAUAAUUGUCCUACCAGACGUGUACAAAUGUCUUGGGCACACGUACGAGAUUGGAAACUCCAUUGUUCACUCUUAUUACCUGGUGAUAGAGAAAAACCUCACGGUCCCCAAGGAAGGCGACAUUGUAGCGUCAAACGUGAGUGGUGGGUUCAUCGAGACUCUCGUUUCAGUUCAUAAAACCAACGACACAGGAUACUUGGAAACAAAGUUUCAGCGAUGCAACGAGAAUUCUCAGUUGAAUUCCACCAGACUGACACAAAGUAGACAGACAUUUUCCCAGUCGGUGUUCUGUAGCGGAGGAGACAACAACCCUGGACUCGUGCUUUCAGCAGCGGGAGAAAGAGUUGAACAUUUUGCAAUCAAUGACUCAGUGGUAGGAAGGCCAAGCCGUGGCUACAUCGCAAAGGUUAUAAAGGUUAUUUCCAAUGGUGAUUUUUUCCUUGUGGAAGUGAUUUCGGCUGAACUGAAUGAAAAUGGAACCGUUCGUACCGCAGUGGAUGUAAGUCGAUUACAAAGCCACCACAGGAGGACAAAACGCUCGUCAAAAGAAAUUGAUUUAGCCAGCUUUCAAUCCAGGAUAAGUCACAAGAUGCUGGCUACGGGAAAUGCAAAAAUCCAGGUCUCCAUGUCUGCCUAUUUAAGUCUGACGGCGUUUGUUGAGAUCGAGUCCAAGUGGUUUGGAUUUGGAAUUAAGGACGCUACAGCCGGUUUAAAGUUAGAGGGAGGUUUGGAUUUCUCCUGUGACAUUAGUGUCGAUGGGGAAUUAAGGUAUUCUGGAGAUCUUAUUGUGAUGAAGGAUAAACAGCUUGGUAGCACAAAGUACAUUCGCUUUGGUGUAAUAAAACUUCCUGCCGGAAUAUUCUUAGGGUUGACUGGCCAAGCAACCGCUACACUAUCUGGAACUCUUCGACGAUCAGCAUCUGUCAGUGGUAGGGUAUCCCUUGGAGGUGAAUGUAGUUGGAGCGAAGGAAGUUGUUACACAACUGAUAAUUCGAUCAGUUUUGGAUCUGACUGGAGUAAGCCAAAACCAAAAUUGAAGACUGGAGCUAAAAUAGAUCUUACAGUAACGCCCACGAUUUCUGUGAAAGUGCCAGCAAUGCCUAAGAGGUUCGAAAAUGGAGCAAAGCGGCCGUCACUCAGUAUACUAGAUAAGAUAGUUGUAGCAGCUGCUGAUAUAGUGGACCUUUCUUUAUCUCUGUUUGCGAGUGUACCGCUUCAAGCGGGGAUUUCAAUGGCUUACCCUUCCAGUCAGUGCAAGGGAAAAACACCAGCUGAAAUUGAAGGCUCUUAUGGAAUUUCUGACCUGAUUUUUGGUGUCUCAGUUGGUUUUCUUGAAAAACAAUUGCGAUUGUCAUUUAACACUGGAUUUUCUCUGAAGAAAUGGACUAGGGAUUGUGUCUGUCCAGUUUCCAGCAUUAAGAUAUGUCAGGGAUUCAUCUCAAAGCCACCAGCACCCAGGCCCCCUGUAGAAAAUCCUCCGAAACCUCCAGACAAAAAGAAGCGGAAAAAGAAAAAGAAGACCGGAAAUGAUUCCAAUCAGGGUAAGAACCCGGGACUUGAAUGUGGAGAAGAUCAUGCCUGUGCUGGGCGAAGAAUGGGACCUAACUGCACCCAGCCCGAUAUGUACCCCAAUCAGGAGUGCUCGGGGAAUGGAAAACCUGUCAUAUUGCCGCGGUGUGAAGCCGAAUGUGAGUGUUUCGGAGGAUGGGAAGGUGAAUAUUGUGAAAGAAUAUCUGCAAACGGCGGAGGAGACCCGCAUCUGGAGACCUUAGAUGGGGUAAAUUUCGACUUUUUCGGUAUUGGAGAAUUCUGGGGUUGUAAAAGUGUCAAAAACGACUUCGGGCUUCAGUUUCGUUUUUAUUACUAUGAAAGAGCGUCGCUUAUUGGUGGAGUUGCACUGAAAGCUGGGAAGAGUAUAGUGACAGUUAUGACAAUCAAGACUGAAAACGCACAGGACACGCCCAUUCUCAGAAUCAAUGGAAUGUUAAUAAAUAUUACUAGCAACUCUUCACAACCUAUCGAUAUCAACAAUGGCACAGUUUUGUUAGAUCGUCAAAGGCGUUUUACCUUUGAAGCUGAAGAGAACAGUGUUGCACUUAUUUCAUUGCAGUACGAUGCAGGAGUCACUGUGACUAUUGACGUUCGACACAGCCGUGUGAUGAAGAGGCAGUACUUGAAUGUUCUCUAUUCACCCACUGCUGCGUACAAAGGUCACACUGAGGGACUGUGUGGCUUCAUGGACAACAAUGCAACAAAUGACUUCAUGGGACCAGAAAGAAUUCUUUACAAAGACGCUGUUCAGUUUGCGGAGUCAUGGAGAAUCAAGGCAUGCCAUAAUGGAUCAGGGAGACUUGAUUCUUGGUCCUGGAACUCGUCAAACUUUUACCACGAAGACGUCAUGGAUCUGACAUAUACGGAUCCAUCGUAUCUUUCCGUUUACUCAUUGGACGGGAUUCCAAAUUCUUUGUUAGAGGUAGCGACAAGCAUGUGCAAAUCUCUGAACAUUUCCGACAACGAUUUACAUAGCUGUAUAUUUGACGUCGCUAUAACUAACGAUACAACGUUUACUGAUCAAGAAACCUUCAAGCGAGAUUGUCCAGGUCAGUGUUCAGGUAAAGGCAGAUGUGUCAACGGAACAUGUGGAUGCAUCGAGGGAUGGACAGGAGAAAGUUGUGAUAAAGGUUCUUGUCUAAACUGUUCCACCGCCCAUGGAAAAUGCGUUAAAGGAUUCUGUGUGUGUGAAUUGGGAUGGGAAGGUCGAAGUUGCGAACUAAAAGCUGAGUGCCACAAUGUCAACAACUGUACAAGUCCUGUCCAUGGUGUGUGUAAGACGACGGACGUGUGUCAGUGCAGUCCUGGAUACAUAGGUCAAGAUUGUAGUGUUAUUCCAACAUGUUUCAAUGUAUCAAACUGUACUGGCAAUGGACUCUGCGUGGAUUAUGAUGUUUGCAAGUGCAAUGUAGGCUGGACUGGUACCAAUUGUACGCAGUACUCAUGCGAACACUUGGAUUAUUGCUCAGAGCAUGGACGCUGCGUAACACUCGACGAAUGCGCCUGUGACUAUGGCUGGACUGGAGCGAGCUGCGCGCUUCCUGACUGUACAGCUGUCAAUCAGUGUUCCGGGAAAGGAGAGUGUGUUGCAAGUAACUUCUGUCGCUGUUACACGGGAUAUUUAGGUGCAAGCUGCAGUGUGGUGGCUGACUGUAGUGAGUUUGCAAACUGUAGUGGCCGUGGUGUUUGUGUUUCAACGGAGUUACUCAACGUGUCGUGCAGUUGUUACACUGGUUUCACUGGAGCUAACUGUAGUCAACCUACUUGCACAACUGUGAACAAUUGUUCCAAUCAUGGAGCAUGCAUUGAGGCAGAACUCUGUAAAUGCGACAUGGGCUACAAUGGUACAGACUGCAGUAACUUCUCGUGCGAAGCUGUUAAUUCAUGUUCUGGAAACGGAGAAUGUGUUGGAUAUGACCUUUGUCGCUGUAAUAACUCCUGGUCAGGUCGUGCAUGCAGCAUUCCCGAUUGCAGUUCUGUGAAAAACUGCUCUUCUCAAGGGGACUGCAUUCUGCCAGAUACGUGUGCGUGUUAUCCAGCAUUUGACGGUAAAUACUGCGAUCAGAAUGCAAAACCAAACACCAAUUCACCCAGCUUCGACCAAAUAUUUUAUAACGCUACCAUCAUUGAAAACUCGCCUGUUGGAACAAUGAUUCUGCAAGUACAUGCCAACGAUACCGAUAUGGGAAGAAAUGGCCGAGUGUUUUACACGGUAGUAAGUGACAAAGAGGUUGAAAAUAGUCUUGCCAUUGGCGGUACAUCUGGUAAACUUUACAGCACGUCAAUGCUAGAUUUUGAGAACAUUAAAGCACCGUCAUUUAAUGUGGCUAUUGUCGCCUCGGACAAUGGCUUCCCGCAGAAAUCGGGAGUCGCCAUCGUCUAGAUAACCGUGUUGGACGAGAACGACAACUGUCCAACUUUUAUCGAGCCAUCUGGAAAUCUGCAGCUUGAGUUCUCGGUUCUUAACCCAGGUGACACACUUACCAAGGUUUCUGCCAUUGACUUGGACAGUGGAAUAAACAGUGACAUAACUUAUGGCAUGUCCAAAUCCGGCGCGUUCUCCAUUGAUCCAAAAACUGGCGUUAUCACCGUAAUUACGACGAAUUUGACGUCAGGACUGUACCAUCUGAUUGUUAGCGCUAGUGAUAAUGGAGAUGUUUCCUGCAAGACGGAGACAAGUCUGACUGUCAAAAACAACGGCUUGCCUACAAAAGAGCCUUUGACAUCAACUGCCAGCUCUUCUACGCAGAAGAUACCUGAAACGUUGACCUCUCCGCGUGAUACCGAGAGCACAUCUAUGUCCACUGAGUUGACAGAACCCACUGAGUUGACAGAACCCACAGCAGUCCAAUUUACGAGCACAACGCCUGGUGACGAAGUUACUGCAGCGCCACAGAACAGUCCCAACUACAUCAUAAUUGGUGCCUCUGGUGGUGGAGGAGUGUUGAUGAUUAUAAUCAUAGCAGUUAUAAUACGAAAGUGUCUGUGUAAAACCAGGACAUCUUCAGCCAAGCAACCCAGAAAUAUCGGAAGAGUAAAUGACUGCCUUGAAGGUGAUAUUGAGUUACCCAACAUAACCGGGAAGAUAUGAGAACUGGCUUGUUCUGGUUUCCUAUAAUAGUCAGAGACAUUAUAUCUUUCUUAUAAGGGAUUAAUAACAGUUCAAGCUGUAUUAGCGAUACAAAUAGUAGUAGCAGUGGCAGUUGCUUUUGCGCCAGCUUCAUCAGUAGCUUUAACGGUAGAAGCAGAAGAAGAAGCGAACGCAGUAGUAGCAGUAGCAGUAGCUAUGGUAGUAGAAGCCGCAGUGGCAGUUACAGUGACAACUACAGUGACGGGGGCAGUAAAAUAGUAACAGUAGCAGUAGCAGUAGACAUAACAGCAGUAGUAAUAGUCGGUAGUGGAAGCCGAAGUUGUAGCAUUAUCGGUAUCAGCAGCACCACUAGUACAGUGGCAAAAGCAUCGGUAGUGGUAGUAGCAGUAGCAGCAGAUACAGCACAGAAGUGGCAACAGUAAUUCUAGUACUAUAGUUGCUGUUCCUGUUGUUCGAUACCAAAACGCUCAAGCUAAUAUACCCAACUAGAAAUAGUGAACGUUUCACCCUAAGCUUAUAUAAUACAAGAUUUGAAAUCAAAGUGGAUAGAUGUAAACCGAGAUUUAUAAACCUACCAUAAAGAGUAUGAAUAAAAUCAAUAUUACUUUUGCUUU